CAUGGCUACACCACGAUAAGGUCAAACAUGACGGGCUUCAUUUCCCGUCCGUCCCACGGCCCGGACGGCGCGCUCUGUUGAUUAUUUUGAUCGCUGGCAUCCGCGGCACGAUACCGGCCUAUUUUAGCUGACGCUCCCCUCAGGCGCAGGACAUAUACUACAGGCUUGUGGCGCUCUCUGACAUGUGACCCAGCCUGAUUCUCGUUAGGGACUAGACUUGAGGGUUACUUCGGUUCGUGUUUGGCGGGGUUUAUCACUGAGACUCCCCCGGCUCUAACCUGACUCACUGGUGUACAGCGCGGGUGGGUGGAUACUGAGGACUGAGGCCGGCCUGGGUGGGACGCCAGCUCAACUGUUUCUUAUCCAAAGAUCUCCAAACAACAGUCGGCUUCAGGCACUGGUCAACCAAAGAAGCGGCCUUUCUUUGUGCUAAAAUCCAAGGAGGACAGCGUAUGACUGCGUUUGUAGCUGGGAUAGACCCUCUGAGUCGUCUCUUUUCUCCAGACAGCAGCAGUGUAUGAAACAGUCCGCAGUGCACCAUGGUCUUCGUGUACAACCGUUAUGACGUCAGAGGCCUGGGGAUCGCCAUCUUGGUGUCCGGGCUGCUGAGUAUCGUGUUCGGGGUGGUGGGGCUGUUCUUCGGGGAACAUCACAUCCACAGUUUCGCCGCGCCGAUAUGGAGCGGCAUCAUCAUUGUGGUGACGGGAGCCUUCUGUAUCGGAACCGGUAACAAACCCACCAGCAGAUGUCUGGUGACGACCCUGCUGUUCUUCGCGGUGCUGAGCCUGAUCCUGUGCACGCUGUGCUGGGUGCUGGCGCUGAUCGGGCUCAUGCGGCGGGAACACUGCACCCACUCCUCCGGCCUGUGUGACGGCGUCACCGUCGCCAUGUUCUCCAUCACCCUCCUGCUCGGCAUCUUCCAGAUGAUCCUGUGUUUCCUCAUCUCCAUCAUCUGCUGUCUCGGCAUCUGUUACGGGGACGCAAGGGAGCACGAGCCGACGGCCUAUGAACAGGAACCCGCCGAGCGCUCUGUCUUUGUCGUAGCUACCCAGUCUCCCCCGGCUCCCCAGAAGCCUCCAGCCUCCCGGAGCCGCCCCAGUCCCCGGAAUGAAUAUGUAGAUGAGCCGCCUCCGGUAGAGAAACGGCCUGAGCGUCCCGCACAGAAGGGACGGUCCCGGGACAGGGCGGGACGGGACAGGGCGGGACGGGACAGGGACAGGCGGACACCGGAUAGACGGCCUUAGGGCUUCAUACAAUCUCUUAACUUCUUCAAAUGUUCAGAGACGUAUAAAGUGCCGGUCAUGAUACAAGAUAGGUUAAGAAAAGUUUGAGCAGUCAGGGAAAUACCUUGCUUACUAACUUUAUUAUUUUGAUACAAUUUGGCGGGGGCAAGAAACUAUCAGAUUGGCCACCACUAUCCAGUUGGCACCGUAGGGCCAACAAUUUAAUAGUUUUUGCUUUUUGCAGAGUAGAAUAAUGUGUUUAUUACGGAAUUGCACACUUUCUUUUAUGUCUGAACUAUUCAAGGCACAAAACAAUACUUUGCAGCAAGAUCUAGAAAUACAUUUACACGCGCUUUGUUUCCCCAAGGUACAAGUCACUAUAUCAGACCUUUACAAUUCUUAAUGCCUUUAUAUUUCUUAAUGCCUUUAUGCCAAAUGUAUCUCUCUAUCCAUGUAUAUGUUAUGUACCAUCAAAACUGAUAUCUUACAGUAGAGUAAGAAAAGGGAACAUGACAAUCAAUCUAUUUUUCAAGGUAAUCGAAACAGUAUUUGAUCUGGUUUUUACAGUACUUAAUAUCUAUGUUUCCUCAGUUCACCUUUAGUGGAUAUAUCUUUCUAUCUAUGUAUAAUCUAUAGCUAUAUAAAAUGCUAUCUAGCUUACACGAGUCUAUAUAGGUAAGAACAACGCUGCGUUUCUUUACGAUUUAUUGUAUUUUCCUGGCCUAGCAAGAUUUUAGCUCGGCGCAACUUUACUACUUAUUAAGUCUUAUUUAACAAAUAUUUGUGCUUUUAAUGAACACACAUAUUCUGAUGUAGGCAUUUUCAAUUUCACAUUUUUCAAGAAUUUCUUAUAUACCGUAGUGUAAUCCACAAUUGUAAGUUACAGUGUGUGCCAACAAUUCUAGAACACUGAUCCAUUCUACAUUAUUAAGUGAAUGUAGAGUAGAACUAUUAUCGUUACAGGUACCAAUUUUAGUUCUGCCAUGUUAUGACACUUUUGAAUACCACCGACAUCCAUGUCAGAAAUACACAGCGUCCCUCUUACUGGAAGACUGAAUUGAUGGUGUAGUUACAGAUAAGGAGGCAGAACGAAACCCGGAGCUCAAUUUCCCAAAGUUGCACAGGUAUCUGUACAGCGCCAGAUUGAUAGGCGGAUCAGACUGUAAAAGGGUACGUUUUUAUGGAUGUAGAGACCGCGCCAUUCGCUGGAUACGAGUACAAGUACCAUGUACGGGGAUGCCUUUCCCUUGCGGGGAUCAAGUGAAUGGCGGCAAUACGCAGCGAAGGAACGCAGGAGAACUACAGGGUGUCUACACUUUAUUUUCCAGAGAGGCAGUUUUCAUAUAUUUUCUGUAGAUUCCGGCUGAGCUUUAUUUAGUAAGACUGUUAUGUGCCACGGUUAUAAAAAAAGAGACAUAUUUUGUAUGUUAU